AUGAAUGAAUUAUUGGUCAGCCACCCGACCAAGCAUGACAUCGGUCAGAUCACGCAGGCAUGGAACGACAGUCGCCAGCGCAAAUAUAGCAUGCACAUAUGCAAGCUUCAUAAAAACCCGCCCAGUACUUCACCCGAGGUAGAGAACUCUUCGGAAAGUGUGCAGACAGAAAAAGACAACAUCGUCAAGUUGCCUCUGGUGUUGUGCGUCGUUGGUCUUCCGGCACGAGGAAAGACUUGCAUGACAAAGAAGCUCAGUCGUUAUCUGAAUUGGUCAGGCUUCAAAAGCAAAGUUUUCAACCAGCCUGAUUACCAGACAUCGUUCGGUAUAAAAAGCAUUCUUGAUCUGGAUCACGGGGAGUUCUGCGCAAUGGAAAAGUAA